AUGAACCAACCUGCAGGACUCGAGGUAGAUAUCAUUGUAGCUGGAGGUGGCACAGGUGGUUGUGUGCUCGCAAGCCGGCUGGCAGAAGAGUUUCCUGAUCUCAGCAUCCUCAUCGUUGAAGCCGGCCCGUCUACGCAAGAUGGCGUCGCGCAUGUCCAGCCGGCACGAUAUCGCAGCCAUAUGCGUCCUGACACCACCGCCAUCAAGUUCUACGCUAGCAAGGGAAGCGAAUACCUUGAUGGACGGUCGGUUACUGUCCCAACCGCCCAGUGUCUGGGAGGAGGGUCCAGCGUUAACUGGAUGAUGUAUGCGAGGGCUUGCGCCUCCGACUAUGAUGAAUGGGAGAACAUGGAGACAUACCAGAUCGAGUCAGGAAAGGAAACGCAUGGCGAUUCUGGUCCGCUCAAGGUAUCCUGGGGAGGGUAUCUCGGAAACUUGGAAAGGCAAUUUCUCGACGUCGCGGCCAUGUAUGACCCGGAGCGCGGCAGCACAGACGAUGUCAACGCGAUGACUGAAUGCAAUGUUUAUGGGCGCUGGCCAAAAUGGAUUGACGCCACGAACGGGAGACGACAGGAUGUGCCGCAUCACUACUUGCACAAGCUGUUGAAUUCCACAAAGCUAACUGUCGCCACCGAGCACGUUGUCAAGCGGGUCAUCUUCAAGAAUGAGCGCGCGGUUGGCGUCGAGUAUGUUUCUAAGCAUGGGUCGGAGGCAGGAGAUAAGCAGCAGAUCCACACUGUCCAUGCACGUCGACUGGUCGUCAUUUCGGCCGGGGCUUUCGGGUCUCCUGGAAUCUUGGAGCGAUCGGGAAUAGGCGGGGAGAAGUUGUUGCGGGACCUCGAUAUUGACACAAUUGUGGACCUCCCUGGCGUGGGGGAGAAUUAUAAUGACCAUGUAGGGAUUUUCCCACCGUAUGUCGUUGACGACAAAGCAGUUACGCAUGACGCGCUUGAAAGGAAUGAUCCAAACGAGGUUGACAAAUGGAACACUCAAUGGUUUAAGGAUGGUACCGGGAUGAUGGCUGCAAAUGGUAUCGACGCGGGCAUCAAGUUGCGGCCGACAAUGCAAGAACUGCAAGAUAUUGGUCCCGACUUUCACUCCCGAUGGGCUCAGGAUUUCGAGGACGCAACUGAUCGACCGGUGAUGUGGUUUGGCACUGGCGCUUGUAAAGACGAACUUGCUCUGCUACGGUGGCUUUACAAGCGCAGUCGCGAGUUUGCGCGCCGUCUGCCGUACUACCGUGGCGAGUACUUGCCCGAUCAUCCGAAUUUUGCGCCUCACAGCGCAGCCGCGUGCCGUGCGAGUGCGCAGCCCGUGGAGAUGUCUGCACAGAACCUGGUUUUCACCGAGGAGGAUGAUAGAGCGAUAGAUGAUUAUAUACGUAUCUGCGCCAUGAAAGCGCGGGACAAGGAUGGUGUGGUAGACUCACAGCUGAACGUGUAUGGUGUUCAGGGCCUGAAAGUAGCGGACAUGUCUAUCGCGCCGGCCAACGUCGCCUCGAAUACUUACUCCACUGCGCUUGUGAUAGGGGAGAAAGUAGCACAGAUUAUUAUCGAAGAGCUACGCAGUCACAUUCCCCUCUCGCGCUUGUAA